UGCAACAGAACCAGCAGAGGCAGAGAGGCCCCAUUGGAUACUCCCAAAGGCUGUAAUCGUAAGCAUAUUUACUGGGAAGUAAGCCCAUGGAACUCAUCAGAUUUGCUUCCAUGCAGACAUGUUUAGGAUAGAUGUUUAUGACAUGUUUUUAAAAGAUGCGCUAAUCUCCCUUGAUCUUCUAUUCCAGAUCAAAAAUGACUGUCAAAGCAACAAGAAUGUCAUGCAUUACUCCAAAUGUUUAUACUAAAGUGCCUGAUGGAGGAUGGGGCUGGAUUGUGGCUUUUGCUUUCUUCUUUGUGGAGGCCUUGACGUAUGGCAUUAUCAAGUCUUUCGGAGUCUUCUUUACAGACUUAAUGCAAAGUUUUGAGGAAACCAACAGCAGGAUAUCAUGGAUAAUCUCAAUAUGUGUAUUUGUAUUAACAUUUACAGCUCCUCUUUCUACAGUGCUAACUAAUCGUUUUGGUCAUCGUCUGGUAGUGAUGAUUGGAGGGUUACUGAUCAGUACGGGAAUGGUUGCAGGCUCCUUUGCACGCUCAGUUGUUGAAAUGUACAUCUCCAUUGGCAUAGUUUCCGGCUUAGGAUACUGCCUUACCUUUCUCCCAACUGUCACCAUUCUAUCACAAUACUUUGACAAAAAGCGUUCAUUAGUCACAGCAGUCGCUUCUACAGGAGAAUGUUUCGCCGUUUUUUCAUUUGCACCAGCUAUCACUGCUUUGAAGGAACACAUUGGUUGGAGAUACAGCCUCUUGUUUGUUGGUCUCCUGCAGCUUGGAAUUGUUGCCUGUGGAUCGCUUCUGCGACCCAUUGUGAUCGAAGCGCAGGAAGUAAUGGAAGUAUCACCAGUGGAAGAGCAAAGAGAGACAAAGUACAUGCUUGAAAAUGAGCAGACACGCACCUCAAUAGAUUCCAUUGACUCAGGAGUAGAAGUAACUACCUCAAAUCGCAACAUGCCUGGAGAUGCCAAACUGGAACUGAAAAGUGAAGAAGAACCAAAGGAACACACAGAGAUGGUCAUAGAAGCUAGUAGCAUUCCAACCAAGGAACCAAAACUCCAACUCCUAGACUUCUCUGUGAUGAAAGACUAUAGCUUUAUCUGUUAUGCACUUUUUGGUCUAUUUGCUACUCUGGGAUUCUUUGCUCCUUCCCUUUACAUAAUUCCUCUCAGCAUGAGCCUCGGCAUUGACAAGGAUCACUCUGCGUACAUACUGUCCGCAAUGGCGAUUGCUGAGGUCUUUGGCCGAAUCAGUGCUGGCUGGGUCCUCAACAAAAAGCCUAUCCGAAAAAUUUACAUUGAACUAAUCUGUGUCAUUCUGCUGGAUAUCGCCCUCAUUGCCUUUCCUCUUGCCUAUGAAUUUUGGGGACUAAUGAUGUGUAGCAUUUUCUUUGGAUUCAUGCUUGGGACAGUAGCAGGCACGCACAUUCCUAUGUUGGCCGAAGAUGAUGUGGUUGGCAUCGAGAAGAUGUCGUCUGCUGCAGGUGUUUACGUAUUUAUUCAAAGUUUAUCAGGGCUGGCUGGACCACCCCUUGCAGGUAUGCUGGUGGAUACCACCAAGAACUAUCGCUCUGCAUUCUAUUCCUGCGCUGCAGGCAUGCUGUUGGCUGCUGUGUUCCUUUCUUUGGUGAGGCCUUCCAAGAAGUUACAGUGUCAAAGUAAGAAGCAACCAGUACAAAAGAACGUGUCAGAGCCUUUGCAGGAUGUACCAGAUGACUUUAUAGAACUUGAUCUUGGGAAAAAUGAGGAUUCUGUAAGAGGCUGUGAUAACAUGGCUUGAAUUUGUUUAUAGAGACCUGGGAGCAGCGGGGGAGGGGAGGGAAGCAAGUGAGCUCUGAUCCACCUUCUAAAAACUACACUUUAAAGGGAAUGCAGAAUCAUCAAUGUGAAGAGAUUUAUCAAUCCUUUUAGAAAGACUGGUUAAUAAUGCAUAGUUUUUGUAAACACCUGGAAUGCUAAAUUCUGUUAGUUAACCCUAUAAGUGCACUCCUGUCCAGCAUGAAAUUAUGGUUCGAAUUCUCAUGUUCUUAACAAAAGACAGGCAACAUAUAAAAUCUCUAACAAUUUCAAAUCAUGGGGAAUAAACCAUCUAUUAUGCUAAAGUCAAAACCUCUAUAUUGCCUGCUAGAACCUGAUACCAGAACUUUGUCUAUUAAUCAGACAGGGACAAAAGAGUUGAUCUGGUAAAACACAACUCAUUCUGAACGUUUUCCUCAAUUUCUUAUGGAGGCCACCACUUCUGUUUUAUGGCCAGUUAUUACUGCGGAUAUUUCAUGAACUUAUCUUUCACUCCAGAUUAAAAUUCUUACAGUCCAGUCCUAUCACAUUUAUUCAGAACUUUUGUCCCACUGUGUUCAAUAGGACUUACUCCCAAGUAUGCAUAAGAUUACAGUCUAAGGCUGCAAUCUUAUGCACACUUACCUUAGAAUAAGUUCCACUGAACUCAGUGGGACGUGCUUCUGAGUGUACAUACAUAGGAUUGCACCAUUAAAUAUUUUAUUGUCUUUCAAUAGUCAGACAAAUCAACAUAAUUGUAUUGUGAUUUAAUUUAAAACUAGUAUUUAUUGUUUUUUAGAGUAUUAGAGUCUGCCCAUUAGGGACAAAUCUGUGUUUUCCUAAAAACAAACAAACAAACAACCUCUCCGCUAGUUUCUUCAGUGCAUUGUUAUUUUGUAAACUGAACUUGAAUUUGUUUUUGUUUUGUAAGUCAUAGUUAGCAGGCCACCUGUUCAUGUUCUAUAAAAAAAAGAGGACAAACUAUGCCUUUUUAAAAAAUGAAGCGCACAGUUGAUGUUUUGGAGUACAAUCCCCAAAACAACAAGACUGUAGUCCCAGUUGGUAAUACACUUGAACACAGGGUCCAUGCUGGGUAUUGUAGUAAGACCAUUUAUUUGUUAAAUGUUUUAUGAAUCAGGCAAGAGAAUUAGCAGGGUAAAACCUAAUUUCACUGCAUCUUUAGAUAUGUUGUGAAUCAGACCUUCAGCUUUCAUUGUGAGACCCAUAUCUGAGGUUUGGGGCAAGCUUUGCCCCAGCCAAGAAUGUGACGUUUAUACAUUUUGGGUCUGUUCUUACAUUUGGCGACUCCCACACAAUCACCCAUGGGGUGUACGCGGCCCUCCCUGAAUCUCACGGAGGCAGUCAUGAUCGUGUGGAUGGUCCAUCUGUAGGAACUAAUGCCUCAGUCAUCAGCUCCAUGCAGUUCUUACUGGGCCAUGAACCCACAAGCAACCACACCAGUCAUCACAUAAUGGGCUGAAUGUAUGAACUGAGCCUUGGAGAUUUGUGCAUUUGUAAACUUCCCAUUCACCACAGCUACAUCCUGUAUCAAUCAAAGCAAGGAUCACUGCAGGUAACCCAAAGCAACAAAGAGAAACUUGCCAUUAAAAAAAAUGUGUAUUUGUGUGGCAGUUUACAUUAUUACAAUAUAACAAAAGUACUCAGCAACUGCCACAGGCAUCAAACAACUAGCCCUAAAAAUAUGUAAUGCCACCAUCCUGGAUGCUAAUCUUGUUAUAGCACAGAAAUCAGUAAGUAUUUUGCCAUUGGCUUCUUGGAAAGCAUAAUUGGAAAUGCAGUUGGAUUUUUCUCAGAUUUUCAGUCAAUUAUGAGUAAAGAAAGGGAAUUCUAAAAGAUAGCAACAUGUUGGCUAUUCACUUACACUUAAUAGAUAACUAACAAAGGUGACACAAGCUUGCUUGUCCCACUUUUAUGCAUCUUUUUGUCACUAGACAACUCAGGGGGACAAAAUGAGAAAAUUAAAAGGUCUGUUUUGGAUAUGAAUAGACACAGUACAGAUUGAAAAGUUUCUCCACAUUUCAGUGGGAGUGGCAUUAUAUAUGGAUUGCUCUGUAUUAUCAACCAUAGAAAUGGUAUUUCCUAAGGCCUUUGCAAGGAAACUUUCUAACUCGGGAGUACCUGAAUCCUGAAUGCAUUCUUUGAUGCCCUUGUAAUUUCAAUGUGUUCAGGUUUUAAAACCUAUUUUGGGGGGUGCUGGUUGAUUUUUAGUGAUACUCUUCAGUUAAGUAUCCUUAAUAUGAACUGUGAUCUUAAACGUAAUUAUUUGGAAGUAUGUCCUGCUAAAGUCAGUUCAUUUCAGGUGUUAAGGUGACACAAAUACAGAUCCCAGUGAUACAGGGAGGGUUACAAAUGUUUUAAUUAAUAAAUAAUAAUAAAUAAAGGUGCUCUCACAUCACAGUGGCUUUAGCAAUCCGCCCUCCUUCACUGCCUGAAAACUAUGGAGAUCACAUUGCAGUUUAGUGUCCUUUGUAUACCUUCAGCACUUUAUCAUGUACAGCAGAACCUCGAUAUACUGCAGCAGUUGCUGGGAGUCAUGCACCACCUCUGACGUGGAGGUGGCUAACUUUUCCAUUUCUGAACUAGCGUGUAAAGGAACAAAACAUGAGGCUUGCAUUUAUAAAAUUGUGUAAUUUAUUUAUUUAUUUAGCAGGCAUACCUUAUUAAUUAAUUCAUCAUUAUACUUCUAGCAAAGCAGUAAACACGUUGUAUAAUAUUAACUGCAAAAUUAAGAGAGUCUUAAUAAUGCAUGACAGCAGUGCAGUACUUUUACUAAUACAACUUUGCUGAAGUUAAUAUGCCGAGGAGCAUGUUAAACAUAUGUGGGUAUACCUAGCUGCCCUGCAGACUAACGAGGUUCUACUGUAUUUAUUUUUUUACAAGGAUUUCCAAUACUAAAUAAUGUGUACAUAACUGACUGCAUCAUAAGUUACUGUGUAUGUACAUACCAUAUUAGCAUGAGCAGAAGUGUUUGCGUCUGUGUGCACAAGAGAUCCAAACCCAGGAUUAAACACGGUCGUUGCAGGAUUGCUGGUUUGUUCUGUACUGUAAUUAGUGAACUCUGGAAGUGCUACCAAAUACUGAGUUUUGCAAUAAACUUUUUUU